AUGAUCUAUCAGAGCUGGAAGGAAUCGCAGACCCUGAGUUUUCCCGGUGCAAAUCCAUGCCGUGUAGGCUACAGUUCAUUCGUCCAUCCAUUUCAACCUGCAUUUUCCGUUCUCCCAUUUGGCGAUUGGAACAAUAUUUCGAUGAUCAUUGCACGAGUUCCAUCCACCGGUUAUCUGAAAGUGAGUGACAAUAUUAGGAUAACCAGAGAAUUGAGUUGCUGGGCACUUUCGCUAAACUCAUUUUUGCUAUCGCUUGAUUGCCUGCAGGGACCCGUCCCAAGAAAUGAUGAUACUCCGAAGGGAGCGUCCGAAACCACGACUACGAGACAUUCUCAAGUUCAAACUAUUAGCUUGACUCAGUUAGAAAUGGGAAGCAUACAGAUACCUACCCUGGAAAUUUGCAGAUUUGUCAACGAGCGAGUUUCGAUUACUUAUUUGAUGUCCCUCCUCGAUAAUGAACUGGACUUGCUUGUUGACCAGUCUGGAAAUUUGGAGCAGAGCUUCCAUCCCCUCUUUCAAUCCAUGUACCCAUAUCAGAACACGCAACCAUCACGAGCGUUCUCGUUGUCGUAUGUUUCCGACCCGUGGGCGUUAUCCUCGCCGGCGGGUUAUGUGGGCUUAGAGAGCCAUAAAUUAUUCUACCACGCUUAUCUUACCACGUUUAUUAUUCCACUGUGGAUUCCCUGGUUACUUACCCUUAUCAUUUACAAAGCUAAAGGCCAGGCCCAGAGUGCCGCUGAGUUGCACAUAAGACGAACGUCUAAUGGGUUAUCUUGGGUUCAUGGGCGGCCCAAGCAAGUUCAAGGCCAACGCAGCCCCUCCUCGAAGUGGGAUUUCGGGCUCAGUUAA